UCAUAAUAGGACGGUAUAAGUAGGAACGUACAGUAAAAUUCGUCAUUCCUGAGAAAUCUUCUCACGGCGUCGCCAGAAUGGACAGCAAAGUAGCACUCAUCAUUUUCUCUUUGAUUGCCAUUGCAAUCUGCAACAAUGCUGAUGAACCCACGAACUCUACACCGGCACCUACCACGACGAUGCCCCCCGCUCAGCCCACCACUCCGCCAGAGCCUACUACAGAAGCUCCAGGACCUUCUCCAUCCCGUGGACCAAGACCGAUUUCUUCAUCAUCAGAACCGGAUACAACACAAGCAGCAACUGAGAUCAUAAGCACAACAGUCACUGAUUCGUCAACAUUUGCACAGCUAAGCGGAGUUCUUCUUGCAACAUUGAUAAGCGCUCUGUUAAGAUAACUCGUUUCUAUGUUAUGAGAGAUUUUUUACGGGCAAUACAAUGCUAAUUCCAUCAGUUCUUGUAAAGCAGCGAGCUUAUACAAAACAGUACCGUAUUAUCCUUUGUCACUUUCACAACUGACUGACGCUUUUACGUCGUUCCUUAUUCUUGUAAAUGGUUGG